ACUUGCAGCUCUCUACGAACAUUAUUUUUUAUUGAUAAUUAGCAGAAAAUAGAAAACAAUUUCUUCUUUUUCUGUAACCUUCUCGAUGAUCGUGCAGGGCUUCAAAUGAAUCCCCCUUUUUUUUCUUACCACCUCUAUAUCUGUGUCCUCCCUUCUCACUGCUACUCGUUCACCUUCACCAUUUCCUCGCCUCCUUGUAACUUUCAAAUCUCUGUUUUAUGCCUCUCUUCCCUUCUAUUUCCCAAACUACCCCUCUCAUUGUCACACGCACCAACACAACCAGCAUGGACUCGUCUCAAAACUGGCUCGGCUUCUCUCUUUCCAACCAACAGCAGUUACAGCACCCUUCAGAUUCGUCUCAGCUCUGUCUCUUUGAAGCUUUCGACACUAAUCACAAGAGAGUAGAUAGAGUGGAGGAAGAUGGGGGUAGUGCAACAGCAAACCUGUCGAUGUUCCCAGUUGGUCCAAAGCUUGAAGAUUUCCUUGGCGUUUGCGGCAGUUCCGGUGCCGGUGCCGGAACUGCAACUGGGGCUUCAAUGGGUCAGUUUCCCUGUGAGAACCCAGCGUCGGAGCCUGAAAAUGGCAUUUAUGAUUCCGAGCUAAAGACGAUUGCUGCUAGCUUUUUGCGUGGGUACUCUACUGAACAGACCGAAACUGAGAAGCCGGUUGUUCCGGUGGAGUCGGCCUCAAAGAAGGCGGUUGAUACGUUCGGACAAAGAACUUCAAUCUAUCGAGGAGUUACCAGGCAUCGAUGGACCGGGAGAUAUGAAGCUCAUUUGUGGGACAACAGUUGCAGAAGAGAAGGACAAAGUCGGAAAGGAAGACAAGUUUAUUUGGGAGGUUAUGAUAAGGAAGAGAAAGCUGCCAGAGCAUACGACCUUGCAGCUCUCAAAUACUGGGGUCCAACAACUACCACAAAUUUUCCGGUUUCAAACUAUGAGAAGGAGCUGGAGGAGAUGAAGAACAUGACCAGGCAGGAGUUCGUUGCUUCACUUAGAAGGAAAAGCAGUGGGUUUUCAAGAGGAGCCUCUAUUUAUCGAGGAGUCACAAGACACCAUCAACAUGGAAGAUGGCAAGCAAGAAUAGGGAGAGUUGCAGGCAACAAAGAUCUCUACUUGGGAACCUUCAGCACCCAAGAAGAAGCAGCAGAAGCUUAUGAUAUUGCAGCUAUCAAGUUUAGAGGAGUGAAUGCAGUGACCAACUUCGAUAUGAGCCGAUAUGAUGUGAAAAGCAUUGCCAAUAGCAAUCUUCCUAUAGGAAGCAUCACGAGCAAAAGCAAAGCUUCUUUAGAAUCAGUUUCUGAUAACAAGAGUAAUGAGGGAAGUAAGUCGGACGAUUCGUCAGUUUCGUUUGCAUCUCAGCCUUCAUCAUCUACUCUCAGUUUUGCCAUUCCCAUUAAGCCAGACCCCGCAGAUUAUUGGUCUAUUAUUGGCUUUCAAAACCCUUCAACAUCAUCCUCUCAGAACAAUGUAAAGAACCUUGGGGUAGAAUCAACAGCAGCAACCUUGUUUCAACCUUCAACAACAAAUGGUGCUUCUGCAUUUCAGAAUCUGUCACCCAGCUUCAACAUGGAUUUCUCCACAACUUCAUCUAUUAAUGAAACCAACGAUGGGUUCUUUAAUGGUGGGUUUCUUCAACAACAACAUCAGAGCAAUUCUAUCCCAUUGGCUACUCCCAUUACUGUAACUGGGGGCAACAGUUAUGAUGGUUCUGGUUAUGGUAGCUGGGUUACGCCUCUUCAUGCAUACCAAUCUGGAAAGCCCAAUCUUUCAGUGUUUCAGACACCGAUUUUUGGUAUGGAAUGAUCUCAGUAGUGGAAGGGAGGAGAAUCUGUGACAUCAAGGGCAGCAACAUUGCUAACGUACGCAGCAUAGCCAACUUGAACAGAUGAGAUGAACUGACAAAUCCUUUCAGAGAUAGCAGAGCUGACAGAAGACUAAACUAACAGAAAUCUAAGUUACGGUUAUGUUCCUUUUUUUUUUCUUCUCUUUUUUCCCUCUCGGGUUUCUUUUCCCUUUUGCUUUAUUUUUUUCUUUACUGACAUUAUUCAUAUAUGGGUAUAAGGGGAAAGAGAUCCUUUUGUAUCUUUUAUCCAUCCUAUUGGUAUUUAACUAUCUAUGAUAUGAAGAGAGUCCAAAUAUUAUUAGUUCC